AUGAGUAAAGAAGAGAGUAACGCGCAACAAAGCGCAAAUGCCGAAGACGAUGAUGAGCCAGAUGAGUGGGACAAGCGGAUUUUCAGCACCGGAUGUGCAGAUGAGAAUGCGAAAAUGACGGAUUGUUAUUUUGAAAAGAAAGAUUGGCGCGCAUGCACAGCAGAAGUAGUUAUUCACAAGAGCUUCAUCCAAGCUCCCACCAAGCUACUCCAAAACCCAUCACAACACCACAAUUCCACAAUGUUUGCCUCUCGUAGAGCAUUCUUCGUCGCCAGAAGGCAAAUCCCUUUUACCUGCAAUCGCUCAAUCGUCCCCGCUCUACGAUCCUACUCCGCCGACGCAGAUGUUACCCUACAAAACCCUUCUCAGGAUGUCACAGAAGUGAACCAAGAAGAUGUCAUCACAAAACCAAAAUACGCACGCUCUACCACCACCGCCGCCAAACCAGCGACUGCCACAAAGCCAGCUUCCGUAAGAGCUACCGCCGCCAAGCCUACUGCUCCCGCUGCUACCAGAACAACUACGACGGCGAGUUUUCCUCCCAGAUCCGCUAGCAAGCUUGCGAACUUCCACACGCCUGUUUCUACAUCCAAGAGCACAUUGAGCGAGUCUAGCGAGACGGAUGUCGAGAGCACACAUGAUAUUAAUUGGGAGACGAGCUGGUUUGGUCUCGGAGUCAAGCCUGUCACUGUUGAGCAGAGCGAGGUUCUCUCAAGACCCAUUGAUGUGGAGGACGUCGAGGUUAAGCCUGAUGGAAUUGUCUAUCUGCCUGAAGUGAAGUACCGAAGACGCUUGAAUGAGGCUUUUGGACCUAUGGGAUGGGGUAUGGUUCAUCGUGGGGACGUUGUCGUGGGACAGAAUAUCGUCACGCGAGAGUAUGCCCUCAUUGUUAACGGCCGAAUCGUCUCUCAAUCUCAAGGUGUAAACAACUUUUUCAGCCCCGAGGGCGUCCCCGCCGCUAUCGAGGGUGCCAAGUCCAACGCUCUGAUGCGUUGCUGCAAGGAUCUUGGUAUCGCCUCCGAACUCUGGGAUCCCGUAUUUAUUCGCUGGUUCCGAAAGAACUUUAUGGAGGAGCGAUGGGUUGAGCACGCGACUACCAAGAAGAAGAGGACAUUCUGGUACAAGAAGGGUCUUGCUGAGGCAGUGUACCCUUACAAGCUUGUCUAA